AACACGCAUGACGAGGGCUGUUAGUGUCAAUCCUCGGGUGUAGAGGCUGGAAGGAAUUUAGUUAGCGAGCACGCAAUUUGUUAGAAAGACAAGAAAUAGGAUCCGCCGACUGGAUCAAAGCACUCGUCCAUUUGAACGUGUGAAAGGGACGCUAACGAAACAUGAUGUCAGUUUUGGGAAGCGCGAGUCGGCUCAUUCAACUUGCCAGGUGCAGUAAUACCAUAAGGAUGUGUGUUACGACAUCUCUCAGAAGACAGUCUACUGCAACCGCUGCAGCCUUCGCCCAGCCAGCCUCCACUGCAACCCCAGAAGCUGUGGAAAGCAGAAAGCCCAAAACAGGGAUUCUGAUGAUGAACAUGGGAGGACCUGAGAAACUGGACGAUGUUCAUGAUUUCCUGCUGCGCCUCUUCUCCGACACCGAUCUGAUGAAGCUUCCUGUUCAGAAUCGACUGGGGCCGUUCAUAGCGAAACGGCGUACCCCUAAGAUCCAGGAGCAGUACAGCCGGAUCGGAGGAGGCUCCCCCAUCAAGGCCUGGACCACCAUGCAAGGAGAGGGCAUGGUCAAACUGCUGGAUGAGAUGUGUCCGGAAACGGCUCCUCACAAGUUCUACAUAGGGUUCCGCUACGUGCAUCCUCUGACCGAGGAGGCUAUCGAGGAGAUGGAGAAGGAUGGGGUUGAGAGAGCAGUGGCCUUCACCCAGUACCCACAGUACAGCUGCUCUACCACAGGCAGUAGUCUGAAUGCUAUCUACCGGUACUACAGCGGCAGAGCAGACAGGCCUAAGAUGAGGUGGAGCGUCAUCGACCGCUGGCCCACACACCCCCUGCUGGUCGAGUGUUUCUCCCAGCAUGUCCUCAACGAGCUGAAGAAGUUUCCCCCAGAGAAGAGGGAGGAUGUGGUGAUCCUGUUCUCAGCUCACUCACUACCCUUGUCUGUGGUGAACAGGGGAGAUCCGUACCCUCAGGAGGUUGGAGCCACGGUGCAGAGAGUCAUGGAAAGACUACAGCACUGUAACCCCUACCGUCUGGUCUGGCAGUCCAGGGUGGGUCCUAUGCCAUGGCUGGGCCCUCAGACAGACGAUGUCAUCAAGGGUCUGUGUGAGCGGGGGAAGAAGAACCUUCUGCUGGUCCCCAUCGCCUUCACCAGCGACCACAUCGAGACGCUGCAUGAACUGGACAUCGAGUACUCUCAGGUGCUGGGAGAGGAGUGUGGUGUGGAAAACAUCCGAAGGGCUGAAUCUCUGAAUGGAAACCCAAUCUUUUUCCAGGCUCUCGCUGACCUGGUCCAAACCCACCUGAAGUCAGACGAGCCCUGCUCCCGUCAGCUCACCCUGCGCUGCCCACUGUGUACCAACCCCACCUGCGGAGAAACCAAGGCCUUCUUCGCCAAUCAGAAAUGACCCUCCUCCUCCUCAACCAUCUACUAGUGUUGCAAACUGCAGGUUACUAUCUCAAAAGUCCUGGUUUCCCUGAAAUCCUACUUGGAUGAUUCUGAAUUUCCUGUUUAUUUCUUCCUGAUUCCUGGAUUCUUCCAACCGGGAUUUCUGGAAAAGCUGGGAGUUCUGAGAAAGUCACCAGAAUUGUGGCACCCUACUCUCCAUCCAACUGUUACUACGGGACCAAGCACACGUUUCUAAGUAACCACCAUAAGAAGAAGCAGACAAACUAGUAAACAAGCUGUCAGUACGCACAGUGACGAGAAGAGGAGUUGCACUUAUUUUGUCCCCCAGCCGCUCGCUUACAUUCCAUCCGUUGAAUCCCUGGAAAACUAGAAUCCUUUCAAAGAUGAAGAGAAACUGUAUCCUUUCUCACCUGGUGCUUGUCCAGUUGGUUGUACGCCAAUGCUCUGGGACAGUUGUGAAGCGUGCUCCCCCUCCAUUUUGGUAUGUCAUCCACAGUGUCUCUUUGAGACCCUUUCUGUAGUCUGGAGGACUGUCCCCUGCUUUGAGACCCUCUCUGGUGUCUGGAGGACUGUCCCCUGCUUUGAGACCCUCUCUGGUGUCUGAAGGACUGUCCCCUGCUUUGAGACCCUCUCUGGUGUCUGGAGGACUGUCCCCUGCUUUGAGACCCUCUCUGUAGUCUGGAGGACUGUCCCCUGCUUUGAGACCCUCUAGUAUCUCCUCUCUGUCUUUAGAGUAUCCCUGCAUCCAUCCUUGUAGAGCCUCUCAUCCAGAGUUGAUGCUCUUACCUCUCCCACCCAGCAACCUCCUCUUACCUCUCCUCUGACCUCUAAUCUCUUAUAGGGCACCAUCACCCCUGGCACCACUUCUACAAAGUGCUGCUGCACAUCUUGCCCCUGCAUGAGUCCCUGUCUAUCCCCGGCCGGCCUCUCACCUCCCUGCUUCGGUGCUGCAGGGUCCUCCAUUCCUGUCUCUCCCCGGCCGGCCUCUCACCUCCCUGCUUCGGUGCUGCAGGGUCCCCCAUCCCUGUCUCUCCCCGGCCGGCCUCUCACCUCGCCUCACUCAGCUCUGAACCUGCUACCGGUCAAAGUCUAACUAUGGUCUCCAUGGCCUUGUCCACCUAACCUGAGCUGAUAGCACUGUGUUAUAGCUGCUGCUGUUUAGACAGACACAGACAGAUGCUUAGCGACUAGCAUGCUUCUCCUUUGUCCUCGGUCGGUCAAGCACUCAGAGUAACAUGACAUAACGUGCCUUUUUACACUUUCUCUUUGAACAUUAUGGAUUCAACUCUGUGCUUUAUAUGUAAUUUACUAAAAUGUGAUAAUUACCAGGGUCGUGUUCAUCAGGGCACACCGUAACUAAACAAGAAAAUGAGUGUUUCAUAUUGGACGAGUUCGGAGAGUACGCCUCUGUUUCGGGCAUAUUCUUCCGUUAACGUGCCUGCUGAACACAAUCCAGAUUCUAAUGUAUUUAAGAAGUCAUCAACCAUGUUGAAGAAUCUUGAUGUGUACGAAUUGAGGUUUGUUUUUAGAUGUGUGGAUACCAUAGUGUAAUAAGACAUUAUACAAUGGCAUUGUUGAAUACUCGUGUCUGAUUUGGCUUGAAGGACAUUCUAGAGCGUGCAUUAUUUCCCUAUAACGCAUGGCGUAUCAGCACGGUAGAAUUCAAUGGCUUUAGUUCAUUCUUACAUGUUCUAUAUGUUUGAGUUUGCUUUUGAAAGCAAAAGUCGAUUUUAAAACAUUGGCAGUGUUGAAUUCUAUUUUCAUAAUAGCAAGUUAGAACUGAUGGUUUGGUUAGCUAAAGGAGGAAGUCUGUUUGUUUGGUUACCACGGCAACUACUGUAACACACCUUCCACGUCAUUAUUUUCCGUAGAUCGCAUAGCCCUCGUUGAUUAUCCCUUACAGAUAUGAUGUGUAUAUGUAUGAGAUGCCACUUCAUGUUACAUCAUUGUCAUUUUUUUGUGGUUGUUUUAUUUAUUUGUCAUAUAUUUUUACUGGAAUACAACAUUAACAACAAGUCUUCCAUCAAAUCUAAUAAAAUGGACAACAUGAAAA